CCUAGCGAGCACUCAGGGCAGGACCUGGGGGCUGGGCCAGUCUGCCUUCCUGCGAUGUGGGAAGACUUUGGCCUGAAACUACCCCCUCCUGGGUGGGGGCAAUGGACUGGAAAGCUAUGAAAAUAACAAGCCUGUGCCCAAGUGGGGGCGGAGAGACCAGAAAUACUGCCAAGGCAAUGGGAGAGGGUCACUUCUUAGGCUCUGGAAGUCCUCCAGAAGCUACCAUCGGAGGAUUCAAGCUGCCUACCCUUCUCACUCAGGGCUCGGAGCCGCCUGAGGACUCGGGAGACCUGCCCCGGCCGCGCCACCCCUCCGGGCCUCCCGCCCAGAAGGACUCACGGCUCAGGGGGCCCGGGCCCCUCUCGGGCCCCUCUCGGGCCCGCACUGCUCUGCCCGGCGCGCCGCGGCCUCCGCCUCCUCCAUGCCGCUCGCGGCCCCGCCCCGCCUCUGAUAAUCCUUCUGUGGACCAAGAGAUGCUAAGGAAAAAUAUUUUACUUAAGGUUACAGAGGUAACCAUUAAAUGA